GAACCGUCAAUAUGGCCGCCAAACGAUGGCCAUCUUUCUCUGGGAUAUUUAGUGUGUUCUUCCUGAGCGAAUUAGGCUGAACUUAGGCGAUAUGACAACACAAAAUCAGCCCCAGAAGAAGGUAGGAGAAUUAAAAUUCAUUGUUCUCAAAGCAAUGUCCGUGGUGAAAACUUAAUUUGUACAUUGAUUGGUCUACCAUUAAACUAGGUCAAAAUUUUACAAGUUCUUCGAACAAUUCAAGCCGAGCAGCUAUCGAAACUGCAGCAAAAGUUCCAGCUUGAACAGGACCUUCUAGAAGAUGUUAGGUACGAGACAUUUUUUCUGUUUUGUUUUGUAAUUUAGGCCAGGAAAUGAUCGAGAACAAUGUGAAAUUGUACCGUUUUAUUUUGUUUAGAACCUACACGAAACAGAGAUCGGCAAUCGAGCGGGAAUAUUCCCAGGUAGGUUUUCUUAUGUGUUACAAAUGGAAUAGCUUUUUGCCCGUCUUUGAGAAUCUUCCAUUCAUCUUUUCCUCGAAACUAAACGGUCUGUGGUUUUGUUUGACCAAUUAAAGAUGAUGAUAAAAUUUUUCGCUCAUAAAUUAAUUAAUCAAGCUAAGUUUUAAUAAACUUAAAUUGCUAGAAUGUCUCCACACUUUUUUUGUACAUUUCAAAACAAUGGAAGCCUCUUUUUUGCUAUCAAAACACCUAUCUCCUUUAGGUCUUUGUCUAAUAAGCUAGUCUUCCCAAAAGAAACCAACAUUUAUUUCCUUAGUGUUCACAGAUUUUGUUUGCAAAAAAGUAUGGAAUUUUGCAUAAUAUUACUCCCGGCGACGUAUUGAAUUAUUUCAUAAUAAAAUCUGCAUCAAUAUAAUCAUUCUAAUUCGUUCUAAUAAGUGAUCGUUGUUAAAAUUGUCCGAGUUCUUUUAAGUACACGCAAGUUACUGUGGUAUGUAUGGAUAGUUGUAAUAUUUGAUAUUGUUUAACUUGUAACGAAAGGAAAUAUUUUCAGUUUAUGCCGAUAAUUUUUAAUUUUAAGCUUAACGUGUACCAAGUUGUUUCUUUCUACUGUUAUUUUCAGUUUCACUGCCUUUCAAAGCUGUGCCAAUUUUUAAUAUCUUGAUAUGUGACUAAUUUUGUGGUAUUUAUGAUACUGGUUGCUCUGCAAUAAUGUCUAAUUAGGACAAUCUUUUUUUUCUGGAAAUAUGUAUCUAUUGCUUUAUUUGCCGCAGACUUGAUAUAUACUUCCUUGAUAAUUAAAUAUAACUCUGGCAAUUGCUGAAUUGAAGUUCUGCUUCUGUUGAACUCAUAAUAUUGUCAGACCUGCCAACCCCUGAUAGGGGAAAAUCUGGAUACACAUGAAAAAAUAUUGGGAGAUUCUCCAUUUAAACUAGCUCUGCUAAAUUGGAUGCCCCUGGAUAAAUAUUGAAAUAAAAUAAAAAAAAUAAAAAAAAAAUAUCACCCUGCUUUAGUGGCAUCCCUCUUGUACGUAACAAAUUAGAUGCUGCUUUUUCUUUUGAGUCCAGAGAGUAGGUCAUCACUGAGAUGGAACUUGCAGCAAAGAGUCAUCUCUUUUGGAUGAGCCAACUUCAUGGGUGACAUGUUAGACAAAGUCCCAUCAAGGCUUAAAUAGGCACAAGCAGUCCUCACGAAAUUUCAGCAUUUUUUUUUUUUCAACAUUGUAACAUUUCAUUUCAGAAUGGUAUUUCCCAAAACAACUGUGAGAUUGGGAGUCUUGUCGUGAGGCCGUAAGAAAAAUUUUAAAAAACGUGAGACUCACGGCAGAAUCAUGCGAGUUGGCAGGUCUGUAUUAUUAUUGAUUUCGGCAUGGCAGAAGCAUGACCUUCCCUCCUCUUCACUUUCUUAAAUAGUAAUGCUAUCACAUCGAGAGCCUUAUUUUCACUUGUUAAACUCGGGCCUUAUGACAGAGAGCAAAAACAAGUAUCAGAAAACUAUGUAGUGUUUCCAGCAGGUGGUAGUUUAUGGCUUAAAAUAAUAAUGGUAUCCUCAGUACCCAAAUUAUCGGAUUUCAUUUUGUAGAUUUGGAAUAUAUCAUCAGAAUACCUACUCUCAUAAGUUUUUUGAAACUAUACACUAAUGAAGGCUCUGCAUGCCAUGUUUCUGAAGCAAAAUAGCUGUAAAUUAGGCAAUUCACCUGUUUCUUCAAAUUUCUUCAAGUACCAGUAGAUGUCUGCUUCAUAAUUAACCAGCUUUGGUAGAAUUUAAUGUUACGUACAUUGUAAUAUUUCAGCUUGUAAAGGCUGAUUGUUUAUUUUUAUUACCUUCUUGACCCCUUCAAGGCAUUGCUAAAACUUAAUUCCCAGUUUCUUCAAAAGAAAGAACUAGAAGAAUCAGCUGGUGGAGAAAGUGGAAGCAGGUAGUAUUGGAUAAGCUUGUUUGAUUUUUAAAUGUUAAAUGAUUAUUUUUAUUUUCAAGUUGAUUUGUGAGAUUCAACGAGGAUGUCUCUAAAAGCCAGCUGCCAGCUCAUUUCCUUCCCUUUAUAAUUGAAGUCAAACUAUAAG